ACGUGUAGCGCGUACACGAGCGUCUGGCCUCGUUGUGGCUACAACGGGUUUGGAUUGGGAGGUCAUGUGCUUGGUAAAAUUCCUCACUCCGGGAAGCAAAAUACUGAACACUUGGUUCCGGAUAGGCUUCAAGUGUAAGAAGUUGUUCUAGGACGGACGAUAUUACCCGGCUAGAGAUGGUAGUGAUGAGCUGUCAGUGCAAGAUUUAACAUUUCCAGAACGGAGACAUCCAAAGAAAGAAUAAGAAAUGACGCUUACCCAGAAGGACAGCAGGCAGCGUCGCCAGCAUUACCAGUUGUCGGGGAUGAACAGCAAUGACCAAAACUGUCAAGAUGAAGUGGAGGAGGGAGACAGAGAGGUGUUUCUACAGGACUCCGAGGCGCCCGGACACAGAGGACUUGCGGGGCUCAGAGGAGAGCUGGGGAACAUCCUCUUAUUGCUCUUUCUAUACAUUUUGCAGGGAAUUCCUUUGGGACUGGCUGGUAGUAUUCCGUUAAUUCUCCAGAGCAAAAACGUUAGUUAUACAGACCAAGCCAUUUUCAGCUUUGUAUUUUGGCCUUUCAGCCUGAAGCUGCUCUGGGCGCCCCUGGUGGACUCUCUGUACAUCAAGAGGUUUGGCCGCAGGAAAUCUUGGUUGGUUCCUACACAGUACUUACUUGGGUUGUUUAUGAUGUACCUGUCCAGGACAGUGGAUGAGCUCCUCGGGGGAGAACAUGGACCUGAUAUGUUGGCUUUAACCGCCACUUUCUUCCUCUUUGAAUUUCUGGCCGCCACUCAGGACGUUGCCGUGGAUGGCUGGGCCCUGACCAUGCUCUCGAGGGAAAAUGUAGGUUAUGCAUCUACAUGUAACUCUGUAGGCCAGACUGCUGGAUAUUUCAUGGGGAAUGUUCUGUUUCUUGCCCUUGAAUCUGCAGACUUUUGCAACAAGUACUUGAGAUCUACACCACAACCUACGGGAAUAGUGACACUUUCAGACUUCUUGUUCUUCUGGGGAGCAGUAUUCCUUGUCACCACAACUUUAGUGGCACUGCUGAAGAAAGAGCACGGCGAUGGGAAAGCCAGCAGAGAAGAGACUGAAAGUGUGAAAGAGGCGUAUGGAUUACUGCUGAGCAUUCUAAAGAUGCCCGCCGUCCAGAAAUUCUGCCUCAUGAUCCUAACGGCCAAAAUUGGAUUUUCGGCAGCAGAUGCAGUUACUGGCCUCAAACUGGUAGAAAGAGGAGUACCCAAAGAACAUUUGGCUCUUGUCGCAGUCCCGAUGGUUCCGCUACAGAUUAUACUGCCCCUGAUAAUCAGCAAAUACACCGCCGGGCCCAAGCCGCUCAAUGUCUUCCACAAAGCCAUGCCUUUCAGGUUACUUAUGGGCCUGGAAUUUGCCUUCUUAGUUUGGUGGACUCCACAUAUAAGUCAUGAGGGUGGGUUCCCUCUUUACUUCUACAUUACUCUUAUGCUGAGCUACGCCUUACAUCAGGUUGCAUUAUAUAGCAUGUUUGUGGCAAUCAUGGCUUUUAAUGCCAAAGUUAGUGACCCCCUAAUUGGAGGAACAUAUAUGACACUAUUGAACACUGUUUCCAACCUUGGAGGGAAUUGGCCGGCUACGGUGGCUCUUUGGUUUGUGGAUCAUCUAACAAGUAAAGAGUGUAUAGGAGCAGAUGGACAGAGUUGUCAUGACCAUGAAGCUGCUGAGAUGUGUGCAAAAUUAGGAGGUUCCUGUGUGACUGUACUAGAUGGUUAUUUUGUAGAGUCAGUAAUAUGCGUAGUCAUCGGGUUCUGCUGGUGGCUAUUUUUGGGACCUGCAUUUAAGAAAUUACAGAAUGAAGGCCAGUCUUCUUGGAAGUGUCGACGGAGAAGUUACUAUUAAAGACUGAACACAUUGUGAACGUCUUUCUGCCACAUAAUGGUGGAUCUUAAAGUGUUUCCUUCCGUUGCUAGACAGAAUAGAAUAAGAGCUACCUUCUACCUUACAGUCAGAAAACUGCUCCCCCAGUCAAUCUGUUGAUGGAUAUUUUUUUACUUUCCAUAUAUAGGGUUUCAAUCAAGUGUUUCUCUUCAGUACAUUCCAUAGGGGCCAAGCAAAUAUAGGCCACUGAGAAAAGAUCAUUCAUGUAUUCUAACUGGACUAGGGAACAGGUCAUCAGUAAAGGACGUUGUUUAAAUCAAGUUUUUAUGUUAAACAUUUUUUAAGACUUUUUGGUGGUUUGGUUUUUUUGAUUUUUCAUUUUACUAGGUAUUUAAUAAAAUAAUUUGGAAAUAUUGCCAUUUCCCUUCUAGCCUUUAGGCCUAAUAUUAAACUGAGACUUCCUGGAAGAGGCUACUGGAAAGUCAUCUGUACAGGAUUACAGUAAAAGGUGACACAGAUAAGACAUUAGGCGUUUAGCCUCCCCUCCAGAAUGACCGAUGCCCUGUACGAAAAAAUUAGAGCACCAUUGUCUUAUCAAGUGUAUCACCAUAUCAGGUGUAUCAGGAGAACAAUCCCAUGCUCACUGGGUUAGCAUUUAUUGUAGCUUCCUGGUCCCCAUCUCAACACGCAGGAAAUGCCUGCUCAGCCAGUCAUUGGCUAAAGGUUGGCUACGACUGCAGAUAGUGUUUCCUUUGUGUCAAGAUUGGGACCAUUAAGUAGAUAACAUUGGGAGCCCUGGCACCACCGGAACAGCAGUGGUGGGGGAUUGGUCAAGUAAGUACUGCUAAAAAUAUCUGUAUCCCCAGACAACCCCUUUUCCAUGAUGCUGUGUCUUAACAGAAACUAUUUAUUUUAACUUGAACAUAUUUUGCAUUGCAACAUAUCUUCUAUACAUACAUUUUAGUUCUUUUUUUAUUUUUAAGUUGCUGGUCUCUUAUAAUUUUAUGUCAGUACCAGAAGGCCGUGUUCACAUGUGGUGUUAUUUGUUGCUGCUUUUCUAGGUACAAGGGUUUUGAACAGAUUUAAAAGCUUGAAGCUCUAAAAUCUGUAGCAUGCACCCCAUUCUGCCAUGGAUUGGCCACAGGUGAUAAGCUAAAACCUGCUGUAAAAUUUGUUAACGUGUGGUUACUACAUAAUGGUUAAUCAUGGAUUUUCUGCCAAAGACUUUGUCCAUAGCAUGUGAACCAAGCCUAACAAUAUGAGGACUAAACCCCUGUCUUCUAGGUUUUCAAGCUCUUACAUAUAAGACGGUCAUUAGAGUUGUGAGGUGUUUUAUUUCUUAUGGUCUUUUGGGUUAUAUUUGUUCCUAAAGGUCCCCUUACACAUUUAAGAAAAGUUGGCUGAACCUAC